UUGGUUUUUUAUCACGUGAUUUUCUGAAAACAACACAAUCCUCGAUAUGAAGCCUCAUUAGAAAUUGUGCUGUGUUGCGUUGCAUGUGUUGCAGUCUCUCGGUGUCGUACGUAAUAUCACUAGAAGAAGAAGAAGAAGAAGAUGCAGUGAAAUGGCAGAAGUCAGUUUUUCUCAGGAUCAAUUCAGCUGUCCGGUGUGUCUGGAUCUCCUGAAGGAUCCCGUGGCCAUUCCCUGUGGACACAGUUACUGUAUGAGCUGUAUUACAGAGUGCUGGGAUCAGAAGGAUCAGAAAGGAGUCUACAGCUGCCCUCAAUGCAGACAGACCUUCACUCCAAGACCUGCUUUAAAUAAAAACACCAUUCUGGCUGAAGUGGUGGAGCAACUGAAGAAGACUAAACUCCAAGCUGGACCUGAAAAUGUGGAGUCUGACGUCUGUACUCGAAGAAAAUGCAAAUCUGUCAAGUCCCGUCAGGUGGUUUUGGAAGAGAGAAAGAGAAAAUUCCAGCACAGAAUCCAGCAGAGGCAGAAAGAUCUUGAGGAGCUGAAAGAGGCUAGUUUCCAGUCUCUUGCUGUAUAUCCUGAAUCUGCAGAUGAACCCAACAUCACUGUCAGCUCUCUCCUCUCUUAUGAUGAUCUGAGAAAGUCUGUCUCUCAACUGAAAGAAAAACUAGAGGAUUUCUGUCAAGAGGAGAUAGAAAAGAUAUCUGGCAGAGUAACAUGUGUUGAAAUUAAUCCCACCAAUGAACCCAAGAUCAGAGAGGAGUUCCUACAGUAUUCCAGUUGGUUCACUCUGGAUCCAAACACAGUGAAUAAACACCUCUGUCUGUCUGAGAGGAACAGAGCGGUUACCUUCACUGCCGGAGUCCAGCAGUAUCCCGAUCAUCCAGACAGAUUUCAUUAUUUUCCUCAGGUGUUGUGUAGAGAGAGUGUGUGUGGACGCUGCUACUGGGAGCUGGAGUGGAGUGGGAGUGGAUUUGUGUGUAUAUCAGUGUCUUACAUAUACAUCAACAGGAAGGGACGGAGAAAUGAGAGUGUGUUUGGAUAUAAUGAUCAGUCCUGGAGUUUGAUCUGCUCUACCUCCAGAUGCUCAUUUAGUCACAAUGACAAUCAUACUGAACUCCCUGUACGCUUCAGCGGCUGCAGAAUAGGAGUGUAUGUGGAUCACAGAGCAGGAACUCUGUCCUUCUACAGCGUCUCUGACACAAUGAGCCUCAUCCACAGAGUCCAGACCACAUUCACUCAUCCUCUCUAUCCUGGGUUUGCAGUUAUUAGUGGGUCAGCAGUAAAACUGUGCGAUCCAUAGAUUAUAGAGAGCUGGCUGUACAUAUUACUGCAAUGUGAAUUUGAGCUGCUAAUCAGGAACAGUGAAAUGAAACUUAUUUACAAAACCAUGCAAUUACAGAAAAAAAGCAGUUAUACAAUAAGAUUGUAAAAUUAAGUAAAGCUUAAAACAUUAAAAACUUAAAAAUUGUUUUGAACAGCAUGUUGGUAAAUGUUUUUGGAGUUAAACACAUUUUGUACAUGGCAAAAUAAUUUAAAUGAUUACCUAAUUAUUACUAUGGAUUAUUUCUGAGUGCAUCAGUUACUGUUGGUUGUUGCUCAUUUUCCAAAUGUUUAUCGGGAAUUGUGGUCGUUGUGUAACACGUCUUUCCACAUCUUAAUCUGGUGAGAGCUUUCAUUUCUGGACCUGUAAAGAGCAAACAAUACACAAGUAUCUAAAGGUCUAAUAAUGCACCAAGCUGAAUUCAAUUAAAUAUAUAUUGUAGUAAUGCACAUGUUGUUCAACAGACUAUUUACAGGACUAAUUGCAAUGAUUGCCCAGCAUGAUUAAUAUUUAAAGUGUGUAUCAUCCUAAUUAAAGGGAUAGUUCACCCAAAAAUGAAAA